GUUCACAAUAGAAUUUUUUUUUUGAAAAAAAAAUAUGGCCAUACUUCAUAUAAAUACGUUUGACAUUCAAUUCAAAAUUUAAACAUGGUGGCAAAUAAAUUCAAUAAAGAAGCAAUUCAAGCUCAUAAUGAACUUAGAGCAUUGCAUCGUUGUCCAAAACUUAAAUAUGACUCAAAAUUAGCUAAUGAAUCACAAAAAUGGGCUGAACAUUUGGCUGCAACAAAUUGUUUACAACAUAGUAGAGCAGAUGACUAUGGUGAAAAUUUAGCAGUUCAUAUGUCUUCAGCCAAAGCAUCAAUGAAUGGUCGUGAAGCAACUCGAAUAUGGUACGAUGAAAUUAGCAAAUUUGAUUUCAAUAGACAACAUCAACCUGGUACAGGACAUUUCACUCAAGUUAUUUGGAAAUCCAGUAAUAAAGCAGGAUUCGGUUAUGCAUCAACCAAAGAUGGAAUGAAAGUGUACGCAGUUGGACGUUAUAAACCGGCUGGCAAUCUAAUUGGUCAUUACGCAGAAAAUGUACUGAAACCAAAGAAAUCCGCUCCACCAAAAGAAGAAUUCAACAAGGUACGGGAAAGUAAAUGCUCAAUAUUGUAGUUUGUAUCUGUCAAUUAUUAAAUACCAGUUAUUUUCAAUCUUAUCACUGUCAAUGUACAAUUACUUCAUAGACAUUUCAUCCAACAACAACAACAGAUAAUCUAAGCAAACAGCCUCCUUGUUUUGCUUAAUAUUGCAUGAUAACUUGUUAUAUAUAUUUUGAAUUAAACACGUGGCUGAGUUGUUUGUUUAAAAUUGCUUACUUUCCUUGUUUUAAAAUAUGAAUAAAGUUUAUUUUUAUAUAUGAAA